AUGAGCACGCCCGCCUUCUCGACAGAUCUUCGAGCCGUCUGCAUCGCCCUAGAAAGGCGCACGCGGCCCACUGACGAAGACGCCGACGACACUACACUAGCCACCCUAAGCGAAAGCCGACAAUCUUCUGCAAAGUACGCUAGCAUGAUAGGAAGCUUCGAGCCUUCCUCUGCUGAGGACACGAAGGCAGAGGACGAGAAGACAAUGCCAGAUCCCGACCCGAAGAAGGCCAAGCACUCCGUUCGCAUGUGGACGGAAAUCGUCUCAGGGGAAAAAUUCGGACUCAGCGUGGGUUACCUCACGGAUCGCUCUGCUCCAUGGUCCAAGAUUCCAUUCGAGACUGUACUUCGACCGCAUGAUUGCCGCUCAGGAGACGGUCGCAGCUUUACUUUGGACGAAAUAUUGGAGAUCAUCGGCGAAGUUGCGGCAAUCUUUAAACGCGAAAAAGGCAAAUAUGCAUGCGAGACGCCCUUGAUCCACUUCAAGGGUUGUGAUGCUCAUAUCACGAUCCGCGACAGUGCACUCCUGGAAGCCAUAUGGAAGAAACAGCCUGUCUUCCGAGGCAAGAGCAUGAAGCUGGUGUCGAAAGGCUUCUCUGAGAAAGACGUUACGGUCUUCUUCGCCUGGGGAGUGCGAGCGAUGAAGAAACCCGACCUCAUGAAGAGCAUCCCGGACCGCACCAAGGAACAGGCAGCGCUCAUCCUGGCCAACAUGUAUCAAGUGGAUGAAGUAGGCGGGGAAAAGUUCUACAGGGCCGAGCCUAUUUUCAGCGGCCACAUGAUCUUCUUCGGCAGAGCGACCCUGGGCAGCCUUCGUGUAGUGCGACGGCCAGAAGAUCGGAACAAAGAAGACCGCUACACGGAUGCUCAUUUCGGCGCUGCGCUUUUCCAUGCCAAUGAGGAGGCGACAGGUGAGAUUGAGGCAGGCUCGAAACCGGCGUGGAUUGCAUGCUGGACAGCCAAGCCCCAGCAGACGCUUAAAGAGAACCCAGAUUCCUUGCUCACCUCGCAUUCGAUCUGUCCUUCUCACCUCAACCUCAAAGGAGCGCUUCGUAACCUCGUCUCCCCCGUGAUGCCGAAGAGGGCUCGCACUAAUUCAAAGACUUCCAACAACAGCCAAGUGAGCACAACAUACUUCAACGCGACCGUUUAUGGAGAGAGCUCAGGUUUCAGCCUCAGCUACGUCUCUGACCAGUCAAUACCUUGGUCAACCAAUGCGUUCGAGACUGUCUUCAAGCUCGACGAUUCUCAAGACUCGAAAAAGGUGCUACGUCUACACCAGGAAAGGAACGAGAUCGUCCGAGCAAUAGCCACUAUCUUCAAGGAAGUGUGCCCCCAGAUCCUCAACGGGCAGCCUUUCAUACAUUUUGGCCACCAAAAGGUUCACGUCAGAUUCCACAGCCCGUCGUUUCUUCAAGCUUUGUGGAAAGCUCCACCCUCUUUCAAGGGCAAGCCGAUGAAGUUGGUGUCCAAAGGUUUGGCGAAAGGAGGCAUCAGAUUCUACACCGCUUGUCUCCCCUCUGAAUCGAUGGUGGACCUUGAAAGGAGGCUCAAGGGGAAGACGUUUCCUGGGGUGGAGUUUAUCUUGGCGGAAAUGUACGAUGUCGAGACAUUGGGGGGCGGCCCUAUCUUUCGCGGUGACCUGGUGCUCUUCUGUAGCGCUGCGAUGACCGGCUUCCUCGGAAAAGCUUGCUACGAGAUACCAUACCCUCCGAAGAAACCCUGA